UUUUUAAUUAAAGGAUUUCACUUUAGGUAAGAUAAAUUUACUGAGUUUUACUAAAACAGAAUAUAUCUAAUUGUUUAUUGUUAAUGCACAAAAUACUAAAUUUUAAAAUCACAAAUCACUGUUAAACAAAACAACAUACUAACAGUGGCACCUAUUGAGAAAAAUAACUGCCUUUUAAAUUAUUGUGAACUGCAUGAAAAAAAUAUAUCUUUCAGAAGGACUCCUUGUGGUUAACAAGACCCAAAUUCAUAAACAAAGUCUAGCAGUCGAUGCUGACAGAGGUCCCUCACAGAGCAUUUUGGGGAAAUGCCAUAGACUGAGCUUUCAACUUCCUGCAAUGUGCUUCCUCUGCCUGAGUCAACCAUUAUAAAGAAGUUUCUGGUUUUAUCUGUGCAGCAACGCACUGAGACCUAUGUGCCUCAUCCAAUCAGAGCUGCACAAGUCAAUCCUCGUUUGCAUCUAAACAGAUCAUAUCUAAUCCAUAACAAGAAGUCAGAACACAUGAUUCUGACCAAUUAGAAGAGUGAGAUUUGGACAAAUUAAAAUUUGAGAUUUGUAUUUCUCAUCUGCGUAAAAUAGGAUCAGUCAGGAACCUUGGCUAAAGUUUUCACUAUAAAAGGCCAUCUCCCAUUGGACCCGGGGAGGGCACUUUUGGUUUCCACCAGAGGCUGCGUUUCUCUGGUUGCAAACGUCUCACUUGAAUUAAGGCUCUCCUUUUCCAUACCUCUGACUGGGAAUUUGUGUUGACUAUAUAAAAAAGAGGAACACAUUAAUAACACACCUAACAAGAGCUGUAUCUGGAUAAUACAAACAAUCGGACAAACAAAACUAGCAGUCAUAUUUCUUGUUAGAACUGACAAGCCGAAGAGUAGGAGAGAGAGGGAAAAAAGGGUCUAAAACAUGUAAUGAAGAUAUUUGCUCUUUUGUGUAUGGUAAAGCCUUAAACCACAUUCAUUUUACUUAUAACAUUGUACUAUAAGUGUUUUAUUUCCCACUCUUUGAGAUCUUCUUAGGUAGAUCUGUUUUCUUUUAAAAUAUUUUGCUUUGUAUAUGUAGGUAUUUAAGGAGACACGAACUAAAAUAGUACUUAUUACAUUCAUUUAUGACUGAAAAAAUGUAUUAAAUAUGUGAUUAUUACAGAGCUAUUUGUGUAAAACACAGAUGAGGAAUCAUUUUUAUUUUCAAAUCAAAUUAUGUUGUUUUUUAAUGACAAAUGAUGGCAAGUCCUUUUUUUUCCCCUCCCACAGGUUUUAUACAGAUUUCAGUUUCAAAUUUCAAAAGUUAAAAAAGUUGUUUGUUUUGUUUAUUUUACUUUGUGCUUUGUCCAUUUACCGGGCCUUAUACUUUAGUCAUCAAUCAGAGAAUAAGUGUGUGUGUAAAAGGCAGGAAAUUUCUUUAACUCCAUGGACCUCCAAAAUUUAUUUACUUAAAAAGUUCUGUGCAAUAAGAUUUUGCAGAUUACACUACAUAAAUAACCAGCCUAUAUUUUAUAUUAACUGAAUAAAGUUUAUAGAGAGAGAAGGAAACCCUGCUGCAUGUUAUGUUUAGUUGCUAGGAGACCAGUCAUUUUGUGAUGUCACAGCUACUCAGGUUGAGAAACACUGUGGUGAUCUGGGUAGUUUAUCAGUGUAGGCCUGCCAAGGCAGCAUUUGGGGGCUGCGAUGUUCAAAACUAGGUAGGUGAAGAAAGGUUUAUUUGAGAUGGCACAUGUUUCUUCAGAAAUUAAAGAUGAUUCUUCUAAAGAUGAAUCAACUGGUUCAGCAACCUCCAUUGGAUCUCUGUUGUGUGAUCACACAUUGACUGGGGACUCAGACUUGAGGUCUGCGAUCGAAGAAAAUGCUUUUCAGGCUUUGUCUGCACGGUCCUUGAUAAGAAGACCACAUCACACAUUUUGUAUCUCUGAACCAGAUGGAGAUAAUGAUUUUCGAUCUAUGACCUUUCCCAGAAAACUCUGGAAAAUAGUUGAAAACAAUCAAUUUAAGUCUAUUUGGUGGGAUGAGAAUGGAACUUCUAUAGUGAUUAAUGAAGAACUCUUCAAGAGAGAAGUUUUGGAAAGAAAGGCCCCUUUCAGAGUAUUUGAAACUGCAAGUAUGAAAAGUUUAGUUCGACAGCUUAACCUUUAUGGAUUUAGUAAAGUGCAACAGAGUUUUCAAAGAUCUGCUUCUCUAGCUGACUUUCUGGCAGAAGAAAAGGAAGUGUCUGUUUUAAGCAAGUUACACUUCUAUCAAAAUCCGAAUUUUAAGCGAGGCUGUCCCCAACUUUUACUCAGAAUGAAAAGAAGAGUUGGGAUCAAAAAUGCUUCUCCAGCAACUUCAAUAGCUCAAAAUUUCAACAAGAAGCACUCUGGAACAGGGAAUAAUGUAGGUAAUCAUAAUUCUGGUUUUGUUGCUGACACACGUGCAGAAAGCACAUUUUCAACUUCCACAAAUUUAAGUAUGCCACCAAUAAGCAAGCCUGCUACCAGCCAGAGAAUUGCUAAUACAACUGCUCCAAUCAGAAGUGAAUUUCCUCCUCCUCCAUCCACUUUAGGUAGACCAUCAGAACAAAGUGUAAUGGACCAACAUGCUGUCUUGAAUCAGUUGACCACUUUUCAUAUGCGCUCACAUGGCAGCUACACUCAAGCAAAUGGUCACAUCGUGAAUUUUAUUACAAGCACAACUUCUACUUCUCAGUAUAUUACAUCUCCCUUACAGAGAAGUUAUUUUGGAAUGAUGGAGCCUUCUACUUUUCCAACUAGAUAUCCUGAUUUAUCAGUCAAUGAUGGUCCUUUUUCCAACUUGCAACCAGCAGGCAACCCAUGGUUCCCCAUGCCAACAAUAGCUGAUACAUCUGCUGCCACUCUUUCAAGGUCAACUCGUCAACCACCUUCGUUAGGCGAACAUCACCCUAAUUACAAGUGAUGUACCAGUGGACUACCGGACUGUGCAAAAUAACGAAGUUUAAGUUAUGUUGGCAAACAUCAGCAAAAUGCAUGCAAUCAUCUUAUUUGAACAAUAAACUUACAUGUUCACUUUA